GAAGGUUUCCGAGUGGGAUUCUGCCAGAUACUUGUUCCCUGGAUAAGGUCCUCCAGUGGUGUCGAUUUAUUGCACCAGUCAACUAACUCAACCAACAAGUAUGACUAGCAACAAGAUCCGAGCAAAGGUUGACAAGAGCUCUAAUGACGCGCUGAUGUACAGCGACAUGGCGGUGCGCAGCAACUCGGCCGUGAUCGAGUACUGCCGUACGUCGAUGGCGGCUCUGGGCGGCUCGACGGCUGGCAUCCUGGGCCUCACCGGGCUCUACGGCUUCUGCUUCUUCAUCGCCUGCAAUGUCACACUUUGGGUUCUUCUCUUGGUGAAAGCCGGUAUGUCGUGGAACCGGUUUUUCGUCAGUCGGAGGUCAUUGCUGACGGGCGGCCUCUUCUCCGGCAUGUUCACCUACGUCCUCUUCUGGGUUUUCCUUUUCGGCAUGGUGCACGUGUAUUGAAGAUAUCCUGUUGCUGGCGGUAGGGCGCGUCGGCGACUGGCAAACAUUUUCCCAUUCCGUCUGCGCUGGGACGUGUGCUGCGUUGCAACAUAGUGGAAGAGACAGCAUACAUUAAACAACUUGGAUCAGUUCUUAUACAAAAAUAAAGCCCGCUGCGAUCACUAAACAUGUACCGGCGGUAGCAGACCACGUCGCUGGUGCGGGCGGCAGUGGAGAUGCUGCACCGGUUCCGGCAGUGGUGGGACGCUGCAGCGGGAAGUACCGGUGGCCGCAGAACGUUACGCUGGUGCUGGCAAUGGCGGGCGCUCCACUUGUGCCGUGUUCAGUGGAACAUACCGGUAGCGGCGAGGAUGGGGUGUGACAAGGUAUGGAUAAUGGUGAAAGCUGCACCGGCAGUGGCGUUACACUAUCAUCGGCGAUGGUGGUGCGUGUGGGAAGUUCGUCAUUGUGUUGUAUGAAGGGCAGAAGCGGCGGACAGGGAACAGCGACCGGUCCAGUGGGCGUAAGACGUUGGGCCGCGCUCCCAUGGUUCGUGUGCGCGCCAUACCCGAUCGCGUCUGUUCCCUGCGCGACGGGCUGUUUGUGAUUUCAUUUGUAUCUCGGUGAUUUCAGUUGUACUUUGUUUGUGUUCCCGACAAUGAAUGCCCUCCGUGUGCAUUGUUUGUUAUGUUCAGUGGGUGAAACCACGGCGGGAUUCAGGUUUUGUUCAGUCAGCGUGAAAGUUCAAUGCGUGGCUUUGCAUCAGGUUGGGAGUUAUUUGCCAUCGUCUGACAAUGACGCUGAUCGGAUCAUUUGUGGGAUACCUGCUGGCACGUCCCAUCUGUUUGAGGAACCGAAUAUUGGCCCCCAGUAAUGUUUUCUGCCAUGUGAUGUAAAUGUAUUCAGGUGUCAUCUUAAUUGUGCAAAAAACUGAAUAUAUAUUCAUAUUUACGGUUGAAACCACCGACGAG